AACUGUAAUUAUUGUACAUGAAUAACUAGUAAGUUUUUUUACUAAACAACUAAUCAUGUUGGCAAUACAUUUGAAAAAUGACCGUUACCUGUUUAUAUAAAAUUGAAUAUUUUUCUAUGUACACUCGUUGUUAUUGAAUAUGUAUAUAAAACCAAACAGUGCAAUUAAUAAUAAACAGCAUGAGACAAAAUCUAGACUCAGCGAUAAGCAAAAUAUUCUACGAUGUUCAGUUCAACAGAACUUGUCAUCGAAGUAAUAUAAAAAAAUUGCGAAAAUAUUACGACCAGAGCGAUCUAUCAGAUUUUUGGGAGUCCUUUGAGUCCUGUUUUAAAGUUCUGCUCGCUGUCGUUCUGAAUCAUCCACAGACUAAACACUCUCUUGAAUUUGUUGCUAAAUUUGCUACCAGUUUGCAUAUAUUCACAAAUGAAGAGUCAGAGGAACCACUGUGUCCUUUUUUAAUUAAACUAUACAAUUUUCUUUUGAAUAAUCAUGGCGCAAAGGAUCCAGGAGUGCGAUUUCGCAUUUGUCACUUUUUGAAUGUAUUAUUUAAUUCAAUGGGUGAACAAGCUUUUAUAGAAGAUGUUAUUUGCAACAAGAUUGUUGUAUGUAUGGUGACUCGUUUGAAGGAUAAAUCUCCAAAAGUCAGGACACAGGCAUUGUUCGCUUUGCGUAGACUUCAAGACCCCAUGGAUGAUGAGUGUCAGGUCAUAAAAGUGUAUACAUUUCAUGCUUCUAAAGAUCCGAAUGCAGAGGUUCGCAAAGCAGCAUUGAUGUGUAUGGGAAAAAAUCAAACGACAUUGCAAGUAGCAUUGAGACGUACAAGGGAUGUGAAUGAAGGAGUACGUAAAGUAGCAUAUGAAUUUGUUAGUAAAAUUACAGUUAGAUCUUUAACUAUCACACAGAGAGACCAGUUAUUGAACGAUGGCCUGAAAGACAGGUCUGAAACUGUUAGAAAAUGUGUUGAAAAUGUUUUACUACCAUCGUGGUUAAGAUAUUUUAAUGGAAAUUUUAUAAGCUUAAUUAAAGCUUUUGAUGCUGAAAUUGGUACAGAUGUAUCUGUUCUUGCUUUAGAAACUUUGUUUAAGAGCAGUGCAUUGAAUACAUUAAUAGAACAGUUACCAAUAAAUAAUGAAACAAAAUUAAUUCCAAUAGAUAAGUUAACUACCGAGAAUGUAUUAUAUUGGAAAUGUUUAGUAAAACAUCUUUGUCGUGGUGCAUGUACAGAAGAAUUGGAAAGAAUUGUUCCUGAAUUAUCUAUAUUUUGCACGCACAUCUCCGACUUUUUAACAUCGAUAUCCAUAAAUCAAAAUGAAACAUGGGAGAACCAUAUGCAGAAGUUUAUUCUUUUACAGUUAUUUGAGAUAGCAACAACAUACGAUCUAUCCGAUGAACUCGGACGGAAAAAGUUGAAUGAAUUAAUAUGUAACACUUUAUUAAGCAACUACUGGUCUGAAAAAAUCAUUGAAUGUGUGGUGUCACAUUUGGAGAAUGUUAUACCAGAUGUAAAUAGCAGAGUAGAUACUUUGGCUCAUGUAAUCAGUGAUAUCCGAUUGCCUUUGAAGGAAUCUACACAAGUAACUCAAAUUUCUGAACAUCAACAAGAUGAAAAUAAUUUAAAAAGAGCGAAACUAAAAGUGAAGUUGUUGGAAUUAAAAGAAGAAGAAUACCAAGCUAUAGAAAAGAGGGAAUUUUUGGAGGCAGAUAGACUACAGAAGGAAAUAAAUGCUUUGAAUCAAGAAAUAAUAAAAUUGUCAAAAACAGUUCCUCCUCCUUCGACGGGUGCCGAAGAUAUCAAAGAAAAAGAUGAUCCAGAAACAAUGAUCAAAUGUCUGAGCAUAAUAUGCUCUAUGAUGCAGUCUGUAACUUCAUUAACACCGACGCUCGGAAAUCUGAUACAAAUUGGUUUCAAUAGUUUAGAUCACUUGAAUGAUACUGUUCACAUAUUGGCAAUAAAAGCAAUUAGUAUCUAUUGCAUAUUGGAUAAGGAGAUGGCAAAAAAACAUAUUCUAAUAUUGUUCUUACAAUUUUCUCUGGAACAAGAGAAUCAGGAAAUUUGGAUCGCAGCUUUAAAAGGAAUCCUUGACCUUUUAUUGUUGCAUGGGCUUGAAUGUUUCGACAUUUUCGAAAAUCGUAACGCGACUACUGAAAGUACCAACAAAUCUGAACUUGUGCAAUUAUUCACCGAACGAGAAGUGACUCUGUCGAUGGUACGGGGGUCUGAUAUACAGAAAAAUAAUUGCGAUUUUAUCAAAAUUUUAGCGGGAUUACUAGAUAACGAAAAUCAAGAAUUAAGAACGGUUGCUGCCGAAGGUAUUGCAAAGUUGUUACUUAAUGGACGAAUCAGUAGCUCUAGCUUGUUAUCAAGAUUGAUAAUCUUAUGCUACAAUCCUGCAAACGAUGCCGACUUUUUUCUUCGCCAAUGUUUAAGCGGUUUCUUCGAUAAUUUUAUAAUACAUGUAGCAGAGGCACAGAAAAUGUUGGAAGAGGCGUAUUUGCCAACAUUACAAAUUUUGUAUAAAGCGCCAGAUUUUAGUCCUAUGCAAGAAAUUGAUCCUUACGACGUUUCCAAGUUUAUAUUGAAUAUAACUAGGACUGGAAUAUGCAGACAUUCAACGAAAAAUUAUUGCGCGCAUAAUAACCUUGUUUUUACUAUUUUCUUAGAAGCGUUGAAUCCAGACAGUUACAUUGAUCAGAAAAUGUUAAUUAAAUCUCUUCAGAAUUUACACCUGGAGAUAGACGAUGAUACGACGAAAGAAAGUUUACGACAGCUUAUAAAGAAAGUUUUGGAUACGGUGGGUACUUCUGAUAAACAAUUAUUAAAUCACAUUGAGACUUUUAAACAAAAAUUAGAAACACCAAGUUCUAUUCAAGACACGCCAAGGGAUCAGGCUAGUGAAUAGUUAUAAUCGUUAAUAGUGUUA